CUCCCAUUUCCUCAAGCAUCAAUAUUCAUUCAUCUCCUUUUCACAGACAAUUGCCGGCAAUUCUUCCUACAAUGUCUUACCUAAAGCAUGAAACAGACGAGCGCUGGACCGCUGUCGACAGGUACAGCUUCUCCCACCUCCACCCCAAGUCCUCUAAUCCAUCCCCCGAGGCACUUGAGUACGCCCUCUCCAAUUCUGAGGAGAAAGGUCUUCCUGACAUCGCCGUUUCGCCAUCACAGGGCAAGUUCCUGAUGCUUCAGGCGAAGCUAUUGAAGGCGAAGAACGUCCUCGAAAUUGGAACCUUGGGUGGAUACUCCACAAUCUGGAUGGCCAAUGCUAGUCCAGAGACCAAGGUCACCAGCGUGGAAGUGGACAAACGUCGUGCUGAAGUUGCACAAGAGAACUUCCAAAAAGCAGGCGUAUCUGAUCGGGUUGAGGUAAGGCUUGGGCCGGGAAUGGAGGUCUUGCCCCAGGUCGCCGAGGAGAUCAAGCAGGGCAAGAGAGGCAAGUUUCAGCUGGUAUUCAUUGAUGCCGACAAACAGAACAACUGGAAUUACGUCGAGGCAGCUCUUGGAAUGUGUGAUUCCGGUGCCGAGAUCAUCGUGGAUAACGUCGUUCGCCAGGGGAAACUUGCGCUUGAGAACACCGAGGAUCCAGGCAUUGAAGGAGCUAGGAAGGUGGUGGAGAUGAUUGGAAAGGAUGACCGACUGGACGGAGUGGUCCUGCAGACUGUCGGCGAGAAGAGUUACGAUGGUUUCUUGAUCGCGGUGGUUAAAUAAGUAUCGAGACCGGCAGGUCAAUACUCAAUCACCUUGAAAUACGAGGUCGCCCCAGAAGUAACAUAAUCUUGGCAGCUAUUACAUAGACUAUUGUCAAGUUGUCAAACG